AUGGAGGGUACCUUGAAUGAGCGGCAGUUCUACAUUGUCGACGUGGACUUCUUGGACCCCAUUACUGUCAUUCCCAAUCUUGGCAGUGACGAUCCGAUGGAGUUUCUCAUGAUGACACCAAAACAGGAGUGGUCACAGCAGUUUGUAGAUUGGAUUAAAGCUCCUCACACGGUGGAUAAGGAGGAAAUGAAGGAGCCAGAGCCAGAAUCUGAAUCAGAGGACGACGAUGAGCCAGAGGACGAAACUGACAAAGAGGAAAGCGAUUCUGAUGAUGAUGACGGAGAUACUGAUGAGGAGGAAAGCAGUGAUGAAGAGGACGACGACUAG